AUGUCCGGUUUUGCAUUAUGCGCUCGUCCCGCGCUACUUAGAAGUAGCCACCAACCCCUCCGCACAUAUACGAGUACAGUGCAUUCAAGUUAUAGCACUGAAUCGUCAUCUCCAUUGUCAGGAGAGUCCCAUCGCCCUACUUCAAGUAGUGCCUGCAUCACAAAGCCUGCCUCCUUGCGUCUAAUGCCACUUGGCGGCUCGAUUACAUAUGGCGUUGGUUCCUCUGACAAAAAUGGCUACCGGAAAUUCCUCUACGAUAUGCUCACUACGGACGGUCAUACCGUGGAAAUGGUAGGGUCGCGAAAAUCCGGCGCGAUGCCUAAUAACCGGAACGAAGGAUGGCGGGGAUUUACGAUUGAUCAGAUCGACCGAAAAGCACGUAUAUCCAUACCUCUCCAAAUGCCCAAUCUCGUAACCAUCAACGCUGGCUCCAACGAUUGUCUACAAGAUUUGGACAUUGGACAAAUCGGGAAUCGCAUCAGUGGGUUACUGGAGUACAUUUGGAGCACAUGCCCAGGCUCUACGGUUAUCUUGUCUACACUCCUCCUGAACUCGGACACCUUGACUGAGCAGCGAAUAGUACAGGCAAAUGCACAGUUUCAAGAAUUAGCUUUACAAAAAUACAAAGAGCACAAGAGGAUAGUCCUCGUAGAUAUGCAUGGCGCAGAUGGGCCUAACGCUGAUGAGCUGGUUGACGGAACGCACCCAAAUGAUUCGGCAUAUCGAAAAAUGGCUAGCAUAUGGCAUAGAGGCUUUCAUGAGGCUGUCUCGAAAGGGUUUCUCCAGGCAUCCAUUACGAGCAAAGGUCGAACUUGA